UGUUGAGUCAACCAGCCGCUCCAAUUAAAAAUUUUCAAAACUGGGCAGCAGCGGCACCGAUUUCGGCCUAGCUCGCGUCGGCGGUCGAUCGAAUUUUCAAACAAAUACCACCAAGGGAUUCAGCGGAUUUUUUACUAUUUAUAAAUCCAUUUGCAGCUUCAAAAAAUCGAGAGUUUAUGUGAGUUUAUAAAUUUCAGUGCCGCUCUCCUGAAGUGCAAGUCAGAAAUUAAUUAUGGCUGAUUUUGGUCUUCCCGUAUCUGUGACGCCGGAGAGUAUGGUUUUGACGAUGCCGCUGUACUUGUUUGCAGACCCUCAGCAAAGUGUUUCCAGCACAAACAAUAAAAUCAAUGCGCUCAGAAAAUUCACCCAGGCAUCAGACAGCAACACGCUGUGGUACAAAUUCAUUGUCAGAAACUCCACUGACUACACAAAAGAAUUUAUCUUGAGAAAUUUGCUGGAUAAUGUUUCAUCUAAAUAUGUUCCUAUCAAGUUCUUCACCGAGAAAGGAGAUAGCAUUUUCUACGCAAAAUUCUGCUUGGAACCAGUUAUGUCUUACAUUAGACAGAAUCUUACGGUUCGUGUUCCUCUCAAUAAAGUACUGCUGAAAUUAGAGAUUGAAGUUGGCACAAAAGAUGAGGUUCCUGACUUAAAUAUUAAUGAUCUAGUUGCUCUGGCAGUGCAAAGACGAGUUGCAUCGUCGUUUACAGCUCUCGACUUGUCCAGUUUUCACACAGAUCCAGAGCUUGAAGCCUACUGCUUUUUCCCUUUAAGCAUUUUCAACAAUUUGCAGAAAGUGAUCAAAUGCGCUGACCAUUUUGCAGUCACCCCUUUCACCAGUCUCGACUUGUCCAGGAAUAAAAUAAAGAUUAUCCACGGCUGCUUCCAAGAGAAACUCACCAACUUCAUGAACUUGCGAGUGCUAAAAGCCAGAGACAAUGAACUCUCAAUGUCGUCCAUGCAAGCAAUCACACAUCUACCUCUGUUGGAUCUCGAACUCGACGGCAAUCCACUGUGCGAACUUUACGAGAAGGAACUUGAAUAUGUCAAAGACAUUCAGGGCAUGUUUCCGUCACUCAAAACUCUAGAUGGUUGCCCGUUAUCAUCACAGGGAAUUUUCAUAGUUCGCCAGUUCUUCUGCAAACAGCCGUCGGCGCAGCCGUUCCUGGAGCAGUUUUUGACGCACUAUUACAGCAUCUUUGACAGUGACAACCGACACUUGCUGCUUGGACUUUAUCAGUCGGACUCUACAUUCUCCCUCACAAGCACAUUCUUGCCAGGACAAUCAACAUCAACCAAUGCAAACUUAAAUGACUAUCUAAGUGAGAGUAGGAACAUAUUGAAGCUUUGCGAUUUGACAAAAACAGACGACCUUCUUUACAAAGGCAACAAGCAGAUCUUAGAGUUUUUGAAAAAGUUCCCUAAAACUCAACACGACCCAACCUCGUUUACUGCUGACGUGUUGGUUUUUGAGCCCACCCAUAUUAAGAUCUCCGUAACAGGACUGUUCCGCGAGCCGCAUAACAACUUUGCGUCCGUCAGGUUUUUCAAGAGGAAUUUCGUCCUGCAGUACUUCAACAAAGUCUAUCUGAUUUUGAAUGACAUGAUGUUCAUAACCAACUGCACUUCGGAACAAGCUGUGAGCGCCUUUAGAGUCAAACACCCCGAACCUGCUGAUCCCCUUGACUUGCACCUCACAACAAGAUCCACACACAUUCCUCUCUCAAAUGAGCAAAAGGUCAAGAUGGUGGAGAAAAUAUCUGACAUAACCAACAUGAAUCAAGAAUGGGGACGAAGGUGUCUGGAGGAUGUGCAGUACGACCUUAGGAACGCCCUUGUAUAUUUCCAAAAGCACUACGAGGAAAAAUCCAUACCAAGCGAGGCAUUUCUUAAAUGACCCAGCUUGGAGAUUAUAAAAAAAAUAUUAUAUUGUUAAUGUGUCCCUUUCCUUUAUUACAAUUAGUUAAAUAUCUACGCUAGGGAUAAAUAUCAUUUUACUGUUUGAUGUGUUCAGAUGUGUUAAAUAAAAAUUGAUUUUCUCUAUUUAUAUGUAAA